AUCCGGGCGGCGAAUGAGCGAGUCGCUUUCCGUGCGCUGCGGCGGCGGCCGGGUCUUCCUGCUCCCGCCGCGCAGCCGGACGCCCCGACGGUAGCCAUCUGCGCCGCAGUCGGCCCGGUGCCGCCCACCACCCCGCCUCCGCGAUGCCCCCCAAGAAACAGGCUCAGGCCGGGGGCAGCAAGAAGGCGGAGCAGAAGAAGAAGGAGAAGAUCAUCGAGGACAAAACUUUCGGUCUAAAGAAUAAGAAAGGAGCAAAGCAACAGAAGUUUAUUAAGGCCGUCACUCAUCAAGUGAAAUUUGGUCAACAGAAUCCACGUCAGGUAGCACAGAGUGAAGCUGAGAAGAAGUUGAAGAAAGAUGACAAGAAGAAAGAGCUACAAGAACUAAAUGAGUUGUUCAAACCUGUAGUUGCUGCACAGAAAAUAAGUAAAGGUGCAGAUCCCAAGUCUGUGGUAUGUGCAUUCUUCAAACAAGGGCAGUGUACUAAAGGAGAUAAAUGUAAAUUUUCUCAUGACCUCACUUUGGAAAGAAAAUGUGAAAAACGAAGUGUUUACAUCGAUGCAAGAGAUGAAGAGCUUGAGAAAGAUACCAUGGAUAAUUGGGACGAGAAAAAGCUGGAGGAAGUAGUAAACAAGAAGCACGGUGAGGCGGAAAAGAAAAAACCAAAAACCCAAAUAGUGUGCAGACAUUUCCUUGAAGCUAUUGAAAAUAACAAGUAUGGCUGGUUUUGGGUGUGUCCUGGAGGUGGGGACAAUUGCAUGUAUCGACACGCACUUCCUCCUGGAUUUGUGCUAAAAAAAGACAAAAAGAAAGAAGAGAAAGAAGAUGAGAUUUCAUUAGAAGAUCUAAUUGAAAGAGAGCGUUCCGCCCUGGGUCCAAGUGUUACCAAAAUCACUCUAGAGUCUUUCCUUGCAUGGAAGAAAAGGAAAAGACAAGAAAAGAUUGAUAAGCUUGAGCAAGAUAUGGAGAGGCGGAAAGCUGACUUCAAAGCGGGGAAAGCGCUGGUGAUCAGUGGUCGUGAGGUCUUUGAGUUUCGUCCUGAGCUGGUCAAUGAUGACGAUGAGGAAGCAGACGACACCCGUUACAUUCAGGGAACAGGUGGUGAUGAGGUCGACGAUUCUGUGGGUGUGAAUGACAUAGACGUGAGCCUGUACAUCCCAAGAGAUGUAGAGGAAACAGGAAUCACUGUGGCCAGUCUGGAAAGAUUUAGCACGUCCUGUGCCUCAGACAGAGACGAGAAUAAACUAAGCGAAGCUUCUGGGGGCCGCGCUGAGAACGGGGAGAGACGUGAUGUGGAUGAGCACAGCACGGGGGGAGGACAAGAGAACGGGUCCAUCGACGCUGUUCCUGUGGACGAAAAUCUCUUCACUGGGGAAGAUCUGGAUGAGCUAGAAGAAGAGCUAAACACGCUUGACUUAGAAGAAUGACACCAAACAAGGCAAGGAAGACAGUUAGAUCAGCCCAGUAUGAUGAACAUGAAUUGAAAUUCACGUCAAUGAUGUUGCCACCUAGGAUCAACAGGAUGCUCGUUUCCCCGUGACGGCUCUGGAGGACACUGUCCUUGCGUCUUCUCUUCUGACUCGACUGCAUCUCAUAAGUUCAGAGUAGUUGAUAAUAAAAAACGGCACUACAGAAGAUGGUUGAUGUUGUUAACUGUCC